GAUUUAUUUUUCAUCCAACUGAUAAAUGUGAAUGUAAAAUGAAAGAAAUGUUUAGAUAAAAGUCUAUUACAUUACUUAUUAAAUGAUAGGUUACGCUGAUGCUUUUUUGUUAUAUAGAAGAUAAAAUUUCCUGGGAAAUCCGACCGGUAUGUAAAGUUUACCUUAAACCUUAACUCUACCGCAUAUAACUUUUUAUCUUUCGUAGAAAGUCAACCCUCGCAUUCAAGUUCAAGUUCCAAACAGGAAGGCUGCAGCACACAGCGAUCAUUUCAGAGUUUCUUCUUACCAUUGUCAUAGCAUCAUGAUGUGAAAUAUUCAUGUUGAAAAGAACGCAGGUGCGCAUAGCAGUUUUCGCAUGCGUGCGACAGUCGAUUUCCAUCCUUACGUGGCGAUCAGUAGCGAUCGAGAUUGCAGCUUACAAGCAUAGGGUCGUCGUGAAAUAUCUUUUUAUUUUUUUGCUGCGAGAGAGAACGUGUUAUUAAACGUCCUUCUGUAAUUCCACAAUGAAUCUCCUUUUAGACAAGCAUCCGAAUAAAAAUUCCGAGCAAGAUAUAGAGUACGUUACCAAACAAAGUAACUUUCUUCUACGAAUACUCGGCGUUUGGCCUUUACUUGACAGAGACCUGUCUGUCGCCGAAUUGGCCUGUAAGAUCCUUCUGAUGACCAUUUGCUGUAGUCUCGUUUGCUUCGAGAGCAUUCCCAUUUUACUGUAUUGCAUGUUCGUUACCGUGGAAGAACCGCGUGUCAAAUUGAUGAUGGUCGCUCCUACGAUCUAUUCCUUUACCGCGCUCGCCAAGUACGCCGCUCUGAUUGUUAACGAGAACGAGAUCAGGAAUUGCUUAAAACACAUAAAAGACGAUUGGAAGUUCAUCGCGGUGUCGAACGCGAGGGACAUCAUGAUGGAGAAGGCGAAGAUCGGCAGAACAAUGUUUACCAUCUGCUGUGUUUUUCUAUAUUCCGCCGGUUUCUCUUAUCACACAAUCGUGCCGUUAUCGCGGGGGAAAUUCGUUACCGAUGAUAACGUAACGAUCAGACCCUUGGCCUUCGCGGGUUAUUUCGUUUUGUUCGACGAGCAGCGUAGUCCCGCUUAUGAGAUCGUGUUCGCGUUACAAUUCUUUGGCGGAUUCGUCAUGUAUUCCGUCACGAUCGUGACUUACGGACUCGCUGCGCUUCUCGUCAUGCACGCGUGUGCGCAGAUGAAGAUUUUGAUGGUGUUAAUGGAAGAGCUUGUCGACGAGCGAGCGUACGAUGAGAAAAAUACGAAUGAAAAAUUAGUGGCGGUAAUUGAGCGUCAGAUAAGGAUACGAAAGUGAGGCUUUCUUUUCAUCUUUAUUAAUUUCAC